UUAAUUGUUUUGGUCUAUGAUUCGUUGGAAUGACCUAACCUAUAAUUUUGAGUUUCGAAAUAAAAUAAUAAUAUUUACAAUUUGCACUUUUCAAUUCUACCUAAAAUUUAACGCAACAAUUGAUUUUCAGCAACUCUUCAAUAGAUUUCCAAACAAUGGCUGACCGUUUAACACAAUUGCAAGAUUGCAUCAAUCAGCAAGCUGAGCAUUUUUGUAACAGCAUAGGAAUUUUACAACAAUUUGCCCCACCGAGUAAAUUUCCAAAUUUUGACAGAACUGGUUCUCAGACACCCCAGCAACAGUCACAGGAGGACUAUGUACAGUUGUUUACAUCUUUAAUAGCUAGAUGUGCAAAAGAUAUUGAUACUCUUAUUGAAUCAUUACCUAGCGAAGAAAACUCUACAGAACUGCAGUUACAAGCUUUACGUUCUUUAGAAUUAGAAAAUCAAGAUGCAGCUGAAAAACUAGAAGCUGUUGUUAGAAGAGGACAAAAUUUAUUGGAACAUAUUCAAGGUGCUUUAAGUGAAAUUGCUCAAGCUCAACUUGAUAUGCAGCACCUGGCAAAAAAUAUGAACAACUUCAAUCAGAAUUAAUGUAUCCUAAUAUAGAUUUAUUUAUGAAAAAAUGUAACUUUCUUGUGUACAAAUGUUUUUCUCGUUAUAAUGAUAACUCCC